UACUUAAAAAAUAAAAUGUUAGUAAACUAUAGUGAUAAUAUUCGCUUCGCAAGCAAACUGGUCGACGUGACUCGUACAGUAACAAUCAUGGCUGGUAAGUACGAAGAAGAAAACCCAUAUAAUCACCUGCUCAAAUCCAUUACAAUUGAAUCUAAAGAAUACAAGUAUUAUGACAUCAGCAGCUUUGGAACAAAAUAUGACAGGUUACCUUUUUCCAUUAGAGUACUUCUGGAAAGUGCAAUUAGGAAUUGUGACAAUUUUCAAGUGAAAACCACUGAUGUUGAAAAAAUCUUAGAUUGGGAAGUAAAUCAAGCUUCAGAUGAUGGCGUAGAAAUAUCAUUCAAACCUGCCAGGGUGAUAUUACAGGAUUUUACAGGGGUGCCAGCAGUGGUGGACUUUGCUUCUAUGAGAGAUGCUGUUAAAAGAUUGGGCGGUGAUCCAAAUAAGAUAAAUCCUAUUUGUCCAUCGGAUCUUGUUAUUGAUCAUUCGAUACAAGUUGAUUAUAUCAGAAGCAAUGAUGCUUUGAAAAAAAAUGAAGAACUUGAAUUUGAAAGGAACAAAGAACGAUUUAUGUUCUUGAAAUGGGGAGCCAAAGCAUUCAAAAAUAUGUUAAUUGUUCCACCGGGUAGUGGUAUAGUGCAUCAAGUGAAUUUAGAAUACUUAGCUAGAGUCGUAUUUGACACAGAUACUUUGCUUUACCCUGAUAGCGUAGUCGGAACAGACUCUCAUACGACUAUGAUUAAUGGUCUUGGUGUACUUGGUUGGGGUGUGGGAGGAAUUGAAGCAGAGGCUGUUAUGUUAGGGCAAGCGAUAUCUAUGCUACUACCACAAGUUGUAGGAUAUAGAUUGGAGGGUGUUUUGAAUCAGUAUGUUACUUCAACAGAUCUUGUUCUUACAAUUACAAAGAAUUUACGUCAAAUUGGAGUAGUCGGAAAGUUCGUAGAAUUUUUUGGUCCUGGUGUAUCUCAACUGAGCAUCGCAGAUCGUGCGACCAUAUCAAAUAUGUGUCCAGAAUAUGGUGCUACAGUUGGAUUCUUCCCAGUUGAUCAGCAGAGUUUAACAUAUCUGAGACAAACAGGAAGAUCUGAAGAACACAUUGACAGGAUCGAAAAAUAUCUUACCGCCAUACGUAUGUUGAGAGAUUAUGAUUCCGGAAACCAAGACCCUAUCUUCUCCAAAGUAGUUACUUUGGAUCUAGCAACCAUCGUGUCCAGCGUCAGUGGUCCAAAAAGACCUCACGACCGCAUCUCCGUCGCAGACAUGAAAAUAGACUUCAGGAACUGUCUUACUAAUAAGGUAGGAUUUAAGGGAUAUGGCUUAAGCGCUGAAAAAAUAGAUGCCGUGGGUAUGUUUGAAUAUGAGGGUAAGGAUUACAAGCUGAGGCACGGAUCCGUAGUCAUUGCCGCAAUCACUAGCUGUACUAACACUAGUAAUCCUAGCGUUAUGCUAGGAGCAGGUCUCCUGGCAAAAAAUGCCGUUGAAGCUGGCUUAACUGUCGCGCCUUACAUAAAAACAUCCCUGUCUCCGGGUUCAGGUGUGGUCACUUAUUAUCUGGAAGAGAGCGGGGUAGUUCCAUACCUGACGAUACUGGGAUUCGACAUUGUCGGUUAUGGGUGUAUGACUUGUAUAGGUAAUAGCGGUCCCCUCCCUGACGUUAUCGUUGAAACCAUUGAGAAAAAUGAACUCGUGUGUUGCGGUGUACUUUCCGGUAACCGUAAUUUCGAGGGUAGGAUUCAUCCCAAUACAAGGGCAAAUUAUUUAGCGUCACCGCUUUUGGUAAUCGCUUACGCCAUCGCCGGCACAGUGGACAUAGACUUUGAAAAGGAGCCAUUAGGUCGUCGAGCGGAUGGCAGUCCAAUAUAUCUUCAAGAUAUUUGGCCUACUAGAGCCGACAUUCAAGCGGUAGAACAAAAAUAUGUGAUUCCAGCUAUGUUUAAGGAAGUUUAUGGUAAAAUAGAGAAAGGUAGCUCCAACUGGGCGAAUUUGGAAGCGUCUGACGCUGAAUUGUAUCCGUGGGAUCCGACUUCAACGUAUAUUAAGAAUCCACCGUACUUUGAUGAACUGAAAAAGGAACUACCGAAAAUCAAACCAAUAAAAAAAGCGACCGUUCUUCUAAAUCUUGGCGAUUCUGUUACAACUGAUCAUAUUAGUCCGGCUGGUAGCAUUGCCCGUAACUCUCCAGCAGCGCGAUACCUUGCGAAUCAUGGAUUAACGCCAAAGGAAUUCAAUUCUUAUGGCUCGCGUAGAGGUAAUGACGCUGUCAUGGCUCGAGGUACUUUUGCCAACAUUCGUUUGGUAAAUAAAUUCAUCGGUAAACCCGGACCACGUACGAUUUACAUUCCUACAAAUGAAGAGAUGGACGUUUACGAUGCUGCUGAAAAAUAUGCGAAAGAUCAAACACCUUUAAUUAUUCUUGUCGGCAAAGAAUACGGAUCCGGAUCUUCCAGGGAUUGGGCUGCGAAAGGUCCUUAUCUGCUUGGAAUUAGAGCUGUUAUAGCUGAGUCUUACGAAAGAAUACACAGGUCAAAUUUGAUAGGUAUGGGUAUUGUUCCGCUCCAAUACUUACCUGGACAAAAUGCAGAGUCCUUAGGACUGACUGGCCUUGAGUCAUACGAUAUUCCAAUCCCUGAAGAUUGUCAACCUGGCCAGAAGAUUACCGUUACGAUAGAUAACGGAAAGAAAUUCGAAGUAAUUGUACGAUUCGACACCGAAGUAGACUUAACGUACUUCAAACAUGGUGGUAUUUUAAACUACAUGAUUAGGAAAAUGCUUUGAUAGACAUUGGAUAGCAGAUCAAAUCUGAAUUAUUAUAUCGCAAAAUGUUACUUAACACAAUACUUAACUCUGGGGUUUGGACUGGCAACAUAGGAAUGUCUGAAUGUAUCCAUAUCCUUUAUACAUAGUAAAAUAUGUGAAUUAUAACGAAUACGACAUUGCUUUUUUUUUUAUUACGGAACAUAUAAUAGGUAACGGAACAACAACGAUCAAUUACAUUGGACACGUAUAUUUAUUUUUGAGCAGUACAAAUUCUUUUAAACGAAACAGUUGUACAUUUUGACGUCUUAUAGGAGAAUGUUCAAAGUCGUCCUAGCAGUUCGAUAUUCGUUACGAAUUUACAGAAUAAAUAAUGUUUAUGUUUCGGUCGAGUGAAGUUUUUUUUAAAUAUUUUUUAGUCAUCUUUUAAAUAAUCCGUGGGAAUACUUGUUGACAUAAUAAAGUAUUUAUAAAUUGUU